AUUUCGAUGAAAAAUAAUCGUUGUAUAUAAUAAGUAACCUUUAAAGUUAUGAACUAUAAAACAUAACUUACCUACUUUUACAUAGCUAUCGGGGUUAUAGUGCUGAAAAGCUCAGUCCUGACCGCGGUUUUCAUAAAUCUUAAUGUCACAUCUCUCACCGAAACGAGGAAGUUUGCUGAGGACUAUGUCAUCUAAAUUCAACUUCAGCUUCAGGAGAAAAGAGAAGAGAGAAUUUCGGAAUAUAGCUCAUGGCUUGAUCCCUGCUGCCACCAUUGCCCCCAGACCUGCGGUUCCCCGCACUCCUCCCCCACGAAGCCCCAACCCCUCUCCAGAGAGACCCAGGUCUGCCUUGGCAGCUGCCAUAUUGUCUUCCUCCCUGACGGGCCGUACUGUUGCCAUUCCUCCUCCACGCCAAAGAUCUUACUCUGAGAGUGAUUGUUCACGUGCAGACAGCCAAACUGGCUUUGAGCCCUAUGCUGCCACAGCACUUUAUACCAGGGACAGAUGGCCAUAUUCAGUGACAGAAAGACCCCCUGUGCCUUCCCCAAGACAUACUGAUGAUGGUGAAGGUGAUGAUAGUGAUGAGUUGGAGGGACUAGAGAGAGAUGAAGAUCAUGUGUAUCAGUCCCUUGAGAGGCAGAGCAGAGCUGAUGACAUAAAUGUUGCUUACGCCGUUCCAUUAAAACACAGGAAGGACGAGACCAAUUCAGACGUUGACGAAGACACAGAAGACUCUGCAUUCGAUAUUGUGUCCCCCCUACAGACUGAAGAGGAAAUUGUGGUGCAGGAAGAAGCAGCUGAAACGCAGCCAUCAUUGCUACGACAACCGAGAUCGGGCUCUCGUGGGAGCAUGGCAUCUCCAGAGCUUAAUGAUGACUGGAGUGCUCAAUCUCACAGAUCACUGAAUUCUUUAAAAAGGAAGACCUUGCGGAUGAAGGCGAGUCCAGUGAGAGCGAAAGAGGGAGACAUCAGUCCAGAGGCCAGUGAAGUGUUGCGCAGUACAAUAGAGGUGCAGCAAACGCUUGUAAAGGAGCUGAGGGAGCAGACUCGAAUUCUGGCUCAGGAGAAGGAGACACUGGAGAAGAGAUGUUUACAACAGAGUCAGCACAUAGAGCAUCUCCAGCAGGAGCUCUGCCACUCUCACACAGAGAGAGGAAACUCCACAGGUGAGAACUCUGAGUUGCUGAGUCUGAGGCAGCAGGCUCAGGAGCUGGUGGAUGAGAAUGAUGGGCUGAAGAUGACCGUCCACCGUCUCAAUGUGGAGCUCAGCAGAUACCAGGCCAGAUUCCGACCACUCAACAAGGACGAGAAUGCUCAGCUUAAAGGCCUGCCAGUGAAAGGACCUGCACCUCCUUGGCUGCUGGAUAUGAAAUAUUUAUCACCCCUGCUGCUGGCCUAUGAGGACCAUCUGAAUGCCAAAGACAAACUCCUCAAGUCCUGUGAGGACGAUCUACACAGUCUGAGAGCACGUGCAGAGGAGAUCAUUCAGGAAAAUGAGAAACUUCAUUCUCAGGUUAACAAAAACAGCACUGUCAGCAAUAAAGAAUGGAGGCAACUGCAGGAGCAGGCUCGCUUGGUGCUGGAGGAGAAUCAAGUGUUGAUAGAACAAUUGGAACUACAGCAUGCCAAAGCUAAAGAAGCUCACAGCAAACAUACACAAGAGGUGUGUAAGGUCUCCAAACAGGUGAUGUUGUUGGAGUCAGAGAAACAGGCUCUGGAAAAAGAGCUAGAGGUGGAGCGUAAAGAACACCGUGCCCUAAAGACAGAGUUUCAGAGAGUGCGCUUGGCUCUAGAACACUCUGUGAGCUUGGCUGAACACAAUGCUGUGGUUGACAAACUUAAAAGACAGCUGCAGGAUCAUGAGAAGGUGAAGAAUUGUGAGGUUGAAGAGCUGUUGGCUCGUGUAAGUGCGCUGGAGGCAGAGAAAAAAACUCAGCUGCUGGACAAAUCCAACCUUAACACAGAUAUCAAACACUUGGAAACAGAGCUACAGCUUUCACAGCAAGCUAACAGGAAGGCUCAGAGGCGUAUAAAUGUCCUGAAGCAACAGGUUGAAGACUCUUUAGAGAAAGAGCUCAUCGCUCAUCAGUACCUUGCCAACAUUGUCACACUGGCAGAGAAAACCACCCAUGAAAGAGACCAGCUCAUGCACAUGGCUUCAUCUCUAGAAAAAGACAAGCAGGGCGUCCUCACACGCAUCAUAGAAAGCACUGUCAGCCUGGGAAAGCUGCAGGAAAAAGUAAAGGUGUACAAGCAGCAGGCGUCAGCAAGUGUAAAUGCGCUGGGUCGCCGUCUGCGCGAGCAGGAGGAAGACUUUGCGGGAAAAGCAGCGAGUUAUCAACGAGAGAUCCGGCACCUGCAGAGCCAACUAAGAGACAGACAGGAACAACUGCACGGAGCUCUGCAGCAGAAGAGAUGCCACAGGCAGCCUUGUAGAAGAAGAGGAAAAUCUAGUUAAAAGGAAAAAUGGGUUUUACAUUUCCUUACCAUGUCUUAAAAAACAUCCUUUCCACUUUUUAAAAUUAUUACCACUUCUUCAGGGCCGACAGGAGCCAAUAGAUAUUAUAUUACAACUCACAGAGCAGCAUUUUCAAGGUUGUUGUGGUGCUAUUUAUGGUACAGAGUAGAGCUGUUGUUUGUUAUUUUGUUGUAAGUCAUACGUCAAACGAUUUUAUUAAGUUCAGUAACAUGCUCUGUAGAACAUCAAUGUUUGUGUGUCAGUAUAAGCGUGUAUAUGCUGGUGUGUAUAUGCUAGUAUGAAAACAGACAUACAUUAGCACAACUAACUAACUGAACCAUAUUUAUUGGAAUGUAAUUAUUCCUUUAAAGGUUUGGACAGAUUUGAUAUAUAUAUAUAUAUAUAUAUAUCAUUUUUUUUUUUUUUUUUUACGUUAUGAACAUGCGACGUACACUACUGGUCAAAAGUUUUUGAGCGGUAAGAUUUUUUAAAGGGGUCAUAAACUGCAUUGUUUUAUUGUUUUAUAAUGUUUUAUAAUGUGUAUAAUGUGCACUUAUAAUGUUAGUAUAUUAGAAUUGUUAUUAGUAUUAGAAUGAUUUCUGAAGGAUCAUGUGACACUGAAGACUGGAGUAAUGAUGAAAAUUCAGCUUUUCCAACACAGAAAUUAAAUUGCAUUUUAAAAUAUAUAUAAAUAGAAAACAGUCAUUUUAAAUUGUAAAAAUUUUUCACAAUAUUACUGUUUUGCUGUAUUUUGGAUCAAAUAAAUGAAGCCUUGGUGAGCAGAAGAGACUUCUUUUAAAAACAUUAAAAAAUCUUAUCGUUCCAAAACUUUUGACCGGUAGUGUAAGUGCACACAACACUCACAUAUCAAUAGUCUAAACUAGACAGGACAGAGACAAGUCAGACAGUCAAGGCAGGAUACAGUGUCCAGCUAGGGACAGACGCACACUGAUGGACUCAGAUCUGCUCUGCUGUCUGGACCGCUCAUCCUCACAAACUAUGACACACUAUACUCUUGUUCAGAAUUUGAGCCAUGUCCAACUCAACUCAGCUCCUCUCCUUGCAGUGUACUCGCUCACCCAUUAAACGCUUACAGCCUCUCUCUCUCUUUCUCUCGUGGUCUCAACCUUACAUCAAAGCUCAUUUUGAAGUCAGUUCCCUUCCCAAGCCUGAGUGUGAGGGUUUUAAAUGUCAGCUUUGAUAUGUCAGUAAAAAUACUUCUCCUGCAGAAGAAUUUGUUUUUAUGCAUGUGUGUUUGACAUUGUGAAGAAUAUGAAUAGGAAAUGACAACUCCUUUGUUAAUAUUUACUAUCCAUGCUCUUACUAUGCAGCUGUUCACCCAUCUGCUUUAACCACUUGGUUUUUUGUUUCGAAUUUUUUAACAUUUAAUUUUGACUCAACUCUGUGAAUGAAUGGGCUGUUUUUUUCAGGAAGAGAUGUGGCAUUAUUUGUUACAUGUCUGUGAUGGCAGAAUAUGGCUAUCACCACAGCUCAUGAUGCUUUUUUUCCCUCUCUGUCUUCAUGAGUGUUUAUAAGUGUUUGUGGUGGCAUGUUGGUCUAGUGCUGUGUUUGUUUGUAACUGUGUGUGUCGAUUUCUUUUAACACUGUGAUGUUCAAAAGUGUAAUGAACAUUCAUUUAAUAUUGUAAUUAUUCUCUUGUUUGCUGUGUUGUAUGCUUCUCAUUCAUGUGUGAAUGAUUCACAGACACUUACUCAACUGGGCCCCUCCUGGGACCUUUUCAAUACAAACAUUUUGCAUACACACAAAUGGCGGAUUUAUUAAAACAUAUGCCAUGUUCAUGAGCUUCCUCAAUAGCUAUUAAAAUGACACAAAAUUGAAAACUAAAAAUCAUUUACUCACCCCCAUGUUGCUGCAAACUUGAUGACUUUCCUCUGUGCAGCACAAAAGAAUACACACUGCUGUUUAAAAGAUUUGUGAUCUCUGAGCUUGUUUUUAGUUUUUGAAAGAAGUCUCUGCUCAUGGCUUCAUUUAUAUAUCAAAAUACAGCAAAGACUGUACGAUUCUGAAAUGUACAAUUCAAAAUAACUGUUUUCUAAUUUAAAAUGUAAUUUAUUCCUGUGAUGGC